UCAUGCCAUAAGAAGACAUAGUGUAGAAAUUAUUGCAAAGAAUUUAAAUUCUUGUUGAUGAAGUGGAAACUUUGACUGCAUUAGUAGAUAGCAAUGCUUUAGAAUAAUAAGAGAUGAAUUAAAAAUAUUAGAAUUUAAUGGAGCUUUAUAGAUAAAAGGAACUAGAAUGUUCUGAAUUGUAGAAUAAGUUAAAUUAGUAAUUCAGUAUUACAAUUAGACUUAUUUAGGACAUAAUGUUAAGGAUCAUUUGUAAUAGAUUAGUGAAGAGAGAUAACACAUAACUUCUUUAUUAGUGUAAUAAAGAAAUGAUAUACCAGAAACAUAAAAUCAUGCAUUAUAUCAAUUAUGCUAAUAGAAAACAGCAGAGAAUUAAUUGUUGAGAAAUAGACAAGAUUAAUUAGAAUAAGAAAAUGCAUUUUUACAUUCAGAAAACAUAAGAUUGAGAACUUAUAUUCAGCAUGAAAAGAUGUUUAGAUAAUUAGAAUAUUUUAAUGGGAAUUAUAAUCCAUAAACAGUGGCACCUGGAUAGAAUGUAGAGAUUCCUAAUAUAGUUUUGGAUCCUAUGUAUGAGUAGAAGUAUUUGUAAGAAUAUUUACAGUCAAGACAAGUAGUUUAGUGAG